AUGGAUGAUACGGCAGUGGAGGCGGCAACGAGCCAGAUGGGACUCGUCAGCCUGGAGCCCCACGAGACAACUCCCAACGAGACGGUGCCCCUCGUCUCCCUCCCUAUCGAACUCUUCUUCGAGAUCGUCUCCAGCCUCGUCCACGACAUCCGCUCAUGGCAGCACCAGCUCGACUACUUGACCCACGACCACCUCAUCGCCCUGACGCAGCGCGUCAAGAUCGGCCACCUCCGCUCCCUCGCACUCACCUGCAGGACGAUGCAGCGAAAGGUCGCCCUCUUCUGCUGCGCGCAGGCCGACCUCGUCGUCCCCAGGCUCGACGCCGCCGAGCAGCUCGUCGGGCUCCUCCGCCGGCUCGGCGAGCGGCCCAAGCGCGCGCAGUCCGUCAGGCGCCUGUAUCUUGGCCUGGACACGGUCCGCUGCUAUGCCGAGCGGAUCGACCCGCACAUCCCGCUCCUUAUGCAGGCGGCCUGCGCGACCCCUGGCGUGGCCGUGCCGGAGAUCCUGCGCAAGCGGAUGCGCGAGGUGCAGGACAAGACUGCGUACCCUACCGCGUGCUUGCAACUCUGGCCUGCCAUACCGGAAGUCCUGGCCUUCCUCGCCUUACUCUCGACCAGCCGGCUCAAGGAGCUCCAGGAGUGCACGAUCGCCACCGGGCCCGAGGUCCUGGCCGCGAUGGCGGAGAGGCUACCGCGCGGCGAGCCGUUCUUCCCAAAAAUAGAGUCCCUGACCUUAGCGGGCGUUCGUUCAGCAUACGGAAACCAGUCUCUCGUCCUCAAGCCCUCCGUCGUCUCCGGCUUCUUGGCCACGAGCCCACAGCUGACCGGAUUGCGUCUCGACAGGUUCGAGUUCAGAUUGGCACAGCCCGUCACCGGCGUCGAGAACAUCAGCUCCAUCAUCCUCCGGAGCGUCGCCCUCGACGUCCCCAGCUUUCGCCUAUUGCUAAAAGGGUGCAAACGCCUGGGGACAUUCAUGUACUUUGCGCAGUCGGAGGCGGACUGCGGAGCACGCCAAGGUAGACAGCUGCCCGAGGCCCACGACAUCGCUGACGCGCUCGGGCACAGCGCCGACACUCUGCGAACCCUCUGCCUCGACCUCGGCCAAGUCAGCGUGGCGCAAAGCGGAGGGCAGCGGGCCCUCUUCUCCGUCAGCAACUUCAAGCACUUGCAACGAAUCUGGAUCGACAGCAAGACCGUCCUCGCCAACAUGCACACACUCGCGCAAGAAGCAAGCGACAUUCCCGGUGCUGGUGGCGAGGUUGCUGUCGCGCGGGCAAACAAAGUCAGCCACUUCUUGAGGACCCUUCCCGGCUCCCUGAACAAACUCCACCUGUCAGGUCCGGCGCAUGGGCUUGCCAUCGAAAUGCCAUACUUGGCCGGGGCCGGCGGCCUGAAGCAGCUUGCAGUUGAGCCGGCAGUCGCCAAGGACGCCGUCACCAUUCUGAAGGAAGCCGGCAUCAAGGUGCUUGAAGUGGCGGACCCGAGACCGGUUCUGUGGUGA